CGGCGCCCCUGCUCCUGACGGCGCUUCCGGCCGGGGGAGCCGGGAUGUGCGUCCGGGUUGGGUCGGCCCCAGCGAGCGGUUUCCUCUCCCUUCCCUCCGUCUCCUCUUCCCUGCGCCCCUGCACCGCCGUGCCCUCGGAGGGAGCGCCGCCGCCCGCUCCGUGAGGGGUUGAAUCAGUAGUUUCCUGAAUAAACCAGAGAGUCACCUGAGACGCAAAGAUGUUGGAAGAAGAUAUGGAGGUGGCCAUCAAGGUGGUAGUAGUAGGAAAUGGAGCUGUUGGGAAGUCCAGUAUGAUUCAGCGAUAUUGCAAGGGGAUUUUUACAAAAGACUACAAGAAAACUAUUGGUGUAGAUUUCCUGGAAAGACAGAUCCAAGUUAAUGGUGAAGAUGUCAGGCUAAUGUUAUGGGACACUGCAGGUCAAGAGGAAUUUGAUGCAAUAACUAAGGCCUACUAUAGAGGAGCCCAGGCUUGUGUUCUUGUGUUUUCUACAACUGAUAGAGAGUCCUUCAAAGCAAUCCCUACCUGGAAGCAAAAAGUUGUGACUGAAGUUGGAGACAUUCCCACAGUUCUUGUGCAGAAUAAGAUUGAUCUUCUUGAUGACUCUUGCAUAAAGAAUGAGGAGGCGGAAGCCCUGGCAAAGAAGCUGAAGGUGCGGUUCUACCGAGCAUCGGUGAAGGAAGAUCUGAACGUGAGCGAAGUUUUUAAGUAUUUGGCUGAUAAAUAUCUUCAAAAGCUCAAGCAACAAACAGCAGAAGAUUCAGAAGUAGUACAUACAAGCAGUAACAAGAUUGGUGUUUUUAAUACAGCUGGUGGAAGUCACCCCAACCAGAAUUCUAGCACUCUUAAUGGUGGAGAUGUCAUCAACCUUAAACCCAACAAACAGAGGACCAAGAAAAACAGAAGUCCUUUUAGCAACUGCAGUAUACCUUAGACCACUUUUGGAGGAAAUUAAGCAACUCAGAGAAUUGGAUGAAGUUGUGCAAUUGAAUACAGAAUAAAGCCAGCUGUAGAGGUAUUUUUACCGGUGCUUUAGCAAAUCUUGUGCCUCCCAGACAGAGGGUGGAUUUUGAUGAACUUGCUGAUGCCGUGGGUUUGUUGUGUGGCAUGAGACACCUGGUGGCGACACACAGAACCGUGGCUGCCUCGUGCACUUUGUACAGAUUAGGUGAGCUUUUCCUUUCUCAAGGAAUUACUUACAGAGCUAUGAACUAGGUAUUGCUGAAUUGCAGAGCACAUUUAAUGUAAGGAUAAUACUUACACGUAUAGGUACGGACUGUAACUCUAUGGCCCAACGUAAUGUAGCAACCUUGAAACUAAAUUUCAAAGAAAAUACUAGAAUUGGUUAGUCAGGACACUAACAAGAUAAAUGAAGAGCAAAAAAAUACUACUUCAUUUUAUGCCUGACCAUAUUAAUAUUCUGCCAGAAUUCUGGCAGUCCUGUGGGUGCAAGAUCCUUGCAUUAUAUAUAUGUGUGCUAGGGUAUAUAUAUAAACAUUUGGGAUGAAUAUCUAGGCUUGGUUCCAAUGUGUAUGUUACUUGGAGAUCAGGUAAUGAUCAUCAAACAGCAUCUUCUAAUUGUCCUUUAAAAAUGUUGCAUUUCAAAUGAGGCUUUCCAAGCUGCCACUGUGUAUGUUUAACUUGCUAUACUUCGAGCCUAAAAGCUUAGAUUUAAAAAUGUGUCGUGCCAAAAAUGCUCCUUUUUACCUAAUGCUAUGCUACAGAUGUUUUGUAAGUUUGUUUUUCUCAGUCUUAACAGGUUGAACAAGUAACACCAAUAGCUAUUCAGAAGGAACUUAUAAUCAUAUUCUUGUUCAAAUUUGAUUGUUGUAUCCUGUGUCAUCUUAUGAAAAAGGAAUUUUCAAAGUGGUGUUACAAAGUAUUUAUCUUAUUUGAAUUUUUUUCAUAGAUACCAUAAACUAAGUUACAGGGAUCAAAAAAAUUGCAGCUGGUUAUGUUAGGGAGACAUUCUUGAAUGUUGUCUCAGAUUUAAAGUUAAGGAAAUCUAAUUCUGCAUGAUGAGAGACAUGGCAAAAAAAAAUUUCAAAGUGCUUCAGUAAUUUUACAGAACUGAUGUAGAUGUUUAGGAGCCCAAAUCUAACUUCAAGGUUAUUUGGGCUAAGGCUCCUAAAUCACUAAGGUGCUUUUAAAGAUGCUAAGCAAGAUACCUUUUAUUUAGCAAAAAUGAACACUUUAUAAUCCUCUUCAAGAGUAUGCAUGCCUUUUAAAAACUUAUCCAUUUUGUUUACAUGUUUUUGUAUGGUAUGAUAUAAUUUUAACUUUCUAAGAUUUCUACAAGUCUGCCAGUGACAAAUGCAAAAUCUGCUGCUUAAAAAAAUCAGAGUUUUAAUAAUUUUGUAAAUGGUGUAUGAGAAUGAAAUUUGGUUGAGUGAUCCUGUAUAUUUUUGAAGGAAGGACUUUUCACUAUGUGAAUUCAUGUAGGAAGCUUGACUGACUUUGUUUCUAAGUCAAUGAGUAUGAAAACUGAAAUGUAUUCUUAUCCCCACUGUCUGCAGGGAGAGAAGUGGGUGGCAAGUUAUGCACAAACACUAAAGAUCUCUGAACUCUGUAUUUUAUGUUUACUGUAUUCGGCUUUCUACCAAGUACCACAGUUUCUUUGACAAACCGUUAGAGAUCUCCUGUUGCUGGCAAGGAGGAGGGCACCCCAUCCCUUUUGCUAUUGCAACAAAACUGUGUUCUUCACUGUAAUGUUUCGUUUCCUGUGUUUUCUCUUGGAUAAAGGCCUCUAUUUUUUAACAAGUGCAUAUAAUCACUGUAUGUAUAAAUGGAGUCAAGUCCUAUCUGUCUUAGCAGUUUAAGAAGUAAGGUACUUGUGAUAAGAUGAUUGAACAUCAGGGGGCCACCUUACAACUUAGGGAAGAGUGUAUGCAUGAAGAAUUUUGACAACUGUUUUUAAUAUGGAAACUUUUACAUUUCACUGUCUGUCUACAAGUUUCAUGGGAUUUUAUUCAUUUUUCAUGAAAAACAAACAAAACCACAAAGUGUUUGAAACAUCUUUUUUUGCCUUGUUUGACUUUGUACAGCAUACUGAAAAGUAAGUCUUUAUUAUGUAUAAUGACAAUUUGUACUAUUUUAUGUUAUACUGUAACACACUGUACAAUUAGUAUAGUUUGUUUGUAUUUACAGUAUGUCACUAUAAACUACUGCUUUUAACAACUCAGCAAUUGUUUCACAGGUGGAGACUUGACAGACUUGAUAAAUUUAAGGUAUGUUGAAAUGUAGUGCAUAUGCUUUAAUGUAGGAAUAGUUACUUGCAGCAUUGGGUAACAGUGAGUUUUCAUUUUACUCCCACCCUAAAUCUGAAGUGGAUCUUUCUUUGUUGAGACCUUGCAGUGCUUGUUCUCUAACAUGACUGUGAUGGAAACUGCUCAAAUUAACAUCUUUCUGGGAAGUGCCCUGCAUGUACGCUGCUUGAAAAUUUUGAUUCUUUAUUCUACUGGGGUUACUGUGUACGUGUAAACUAGAUGACUUGCAUAUUGCAGGGACCCUUAGGUAUUCACAUCACUCUUCAGUGGCACUAACUUUUGCCUUUUGGAAGAAGAGACAUCCCUAAAUGUUUUAGCACUUGUGUUGUCCCUCAUGAAUAAUUUUUGUUAUAAACAUUACUUCAUUCUCCACUCAAAGUGUACUCAUUAAAAUAUCAUUUGUUUUAGUUAGCAAAACUUACAGGUGCAGGGCUGGUAAUAAAAAUGCUCUUCUCUUUGCAUCCCUGGGACUGUAUGGUGGGUGAGGAGGUGCCUCUGUUACAUCCAUGAUACCCUGGAUUAAGAGCAAGAGAUUCUUGUGCCACAAGACACAAAUUUUAUUGCACUCCUGUAUACUCUUUUUGUAUCUCUUGAAUAGCUCAUUGGCUGAAUUAUCUGGAACUUGCCACAAUUCUUUGCCCUUGGCUGAUAAAGUUACCACUAGCAGGAAACCUCAAUGAUUGUUAAUGCCUUAGUGAAAUAGGGAUUCACUAAAAAUGAUGACACUACAGCUUUGUCACUUCUGUGUUGUAUCCAUUCAGUGAAUGGGUGUUCUCCCAGUACGUGGGGCAUCGUUAGAUGCAAAGCAGUAAUGCUAGGGAUGUAUUUCCAACUGGAAAUUGCAAAUCUUAAAGUUGUAUGACUGAUCACACUAAUUUUUGUGCUUGUGUGUGUGUGGUUAAUUUAAAAAAAGACUUUAAAUACUCCACUUAAGACAAUUUUGAAGCUUCCUUAUUUUCAGUGUUUAAGGCAACACUUUUGCAGUCAAAAUGCCUGAAUUACCACACUGUCAGUCUCAUUUCCUGUUUAAUUUUUAUGCUUCAGUAAAAUAUAACUUUUUACUUUCUUCAUUAUUGGGCUGAAGCACAUCUGCCAUGAACUUUUCCUUCGCAGCAUAUCUGUUGAGAUGGGAUAAUCUAAAGAGCAUCGGGCAGCUGAACACGCAGCACUCCUGGGGGGUUAUGUGGGGUACACACACAAGACUCAGCAAGCCUUGAAGCUGUUCAUGCACCCUUCAGGCUGAGAACUGCAGGUGUUAACAGGGUGAAUGAUCUGCCCUUCUCUGUGGGGAGUUCAUCAUUCAGCAACACACAUGCUGCUCAAUUCCAGGGACACUACCUGAGCCCCUGCUGCUUUUCUAAGUGUAGUCUUAGACCUUCGGUUGAAGUUCCACUACCUGAACACUAACUGUACCAAAAUUAGAGUGCAAGGAUGGUCCAGCAGGCUUGAAUUCAUCAAAACAACCUUGCCAUCUUUUUGUAGGAAGCAAAAGUUGUGCAGAUCUUCUUUCUAAUGCACAAAUAGUAUUGAGGGAAGAAAAUAAUAUUCUGUUAAAUAUGUCAUCCAAGCAGAUAAUCAAAAUUAUUGCAGCAGUGCUUAAAUUUAAGAUGAAAGGUGCCCAUAAUGGAAUAAGAGAAACCUGCUAAUGUUCUGUGUUGAAGUGUUCUAUACGAGUCAUCUCAAAGCCAGGUGAGUCCUAGUACUGAACUGGGUUCAUUCUCAGGUUUCUAGUGGAAGGGUAAUACUGCUAAACACUUUGUCAGUUCUGCCAAACUCACUAAAGUUGAUAAGAAAAAUUAAAAAUUACUGUGGACCAGAACAAACACCACUCUCAUUGUGAGGAUUAAGAUGCAUUGUUAGUAAUGGCUUAAAUGGAACUGGCUAAAAGAGGAAAUGUACAUAACUGGUUUUAUCACCAUCAUGAUCUCAAGUAAUUGUAACAGAUUUGUAGAAAAAAAAAGUCAACAUACCAUAAAUCCUCCAUCAGAAGAAUGAGUGUUUAAAACCGAGUAUGUUGUGUAUGCUGUUCUGUAAAAUCUUUACAAAUUAAUUCUGCUGUUCUCUUGUAAGUGACACUAGUUGCACCAUGCGACUUAAAACGUUUGUUUGCUUAUUGUUGGGUCUCAUAUAAGUCACAACUUUUGUGGUUAUGUUAAAUUGUCAGUAUAUUAAAUUUCAAAAAUUGCUGUAA